GGCUACAAAUAGGAGUGGAUUUGAGUUGAGCUCGAGUUUGGGCUUGCCCGAGUUCUGUUGGGCUCAAGGGAUUCAAGCUUGACGAGUUUUGUAGAGCCAAGCUUAACUUGAUAUGAAGAGUCAAGCUCGAACUCAACUCAAGUUCAGCUCGUUACUUUGCAAAAUUAACUAUAUUCAUUUAAUUUAAACUUAUUUAUGUUUUCUAAUAAAAGAAAACAUGACAAAGGUUAAAGUGUGAUGAGAAAUGAAAAGAUAAAACUAUAGAUGAUGGGUAGAGCGUGUGAUUGGAAAGAUACAUUUUCAAUUACCCACAUUACCCACUAUAAAUAAGUACUUAACCCAAUUCUAGUGUCCCACAUUGGGUAGGAGGUAUAUUAAUCACUUACUCCACUCAUUAUAAAUAAUCUUUAUCUUUUCAUUUCUCUUAGUUAGGGCUGGAUUCGAAGUGAACUUGUUCAGACUCGAAAUAAGCUUUGUUUGAAUGAGCCCAAACACGUACAUGAGAUAAUGAGCCCGAGCUUGAAUAUGAGCUUGGGAGUACGAAUGAAAACCAGCUCGAGCCCAAACCCAAACAAGUGCCUUGUUCGGCUCACACGGCUUACAAACCGAGCAUGACUCGGUUUUAUUAAUAAAUAAACUCUAAAACGACGUUAUACGGCCAAGUCUGAGUUGCGAGCCCAAACCCAAACUAAGUGCGAGUCGAUCACAAACAUUAAAAUCAUGAAGCGAGUUGAACACAAACACGUGUUCAACGAACUUGGCAACGCCAAGCUCAACUCAGGAAAAUGAGCCAAGCCUUAUUUGAGCUUGGCUCAACUCAUAUCCAGCCCUACUUUCAGCAUAUAAACUUCAAAUCAUGUUUUCUUUUAUUAGAAAACAUAAAUUUGAAAAAAAAGAUUAAAAAAUAAUUUUUUACAAUUAAAAAAAAAAUUUAAAACCAUGGCUUGAGCCAUGGUAGCUCAUUUCAACCUUGAUUAAGUUGAGCUGACAAUCAAGCACGAGCCAAGUCUGCUCGAAUCCAUUCCUAGCUACAAAGGAAGAAAAUGUCAAUGAUAUAAGUUGCUCUUAUUUUUAAGAAGAAACCUUGCAACCUUUUUCGUUUGUGUUGCUUGUUUGAAAUUAAUUUUUGGUUGUUAUACAAUUGCAUUUAAUGCCAAAAACUUAGGUUUUAUUUAUCAAAUAUAUGGUGAAUGCAAUUUUAUUAUGAAUAUUAUGGGAAAAUGGUCAAUAAUUAAUGACUGGAAUGAAAUGGAAGACUAGUAAACUGGGAAUUCAACUGGUUUGAUAUAGUGCCCAUUUAGAGGCUUAAUUCUGAACUGCAAUAAUCUUUGUGUUCUAAUCAAUGUAUGAGUUCCUAGAAACAAGUGCAGAAACUACUGGUCAAGUAAACACACACAUGAACUGCCUAUGCUCUGAAAAAGAAGUGCAAAAUCUCUACGACUCUAGUAGUCAUAGCUUCAAUCAACAGGAGAAUCGUGAAACAUUUGAGCCCUUUAUUGAGGAUGAUGUCCCCUUUGAUGAGUAUUGCCAAUCCAUGGAUGAAGAUGGCACAUGGGCCGGACAUAUGGAAUUACAGGCAGCCUCUCUCGUUACACAUUGUAAUAUAUGCAUUCACCGGCACAUGUCACCUCGUUGGUACAUUCGGAAUUUUGAUUCUGAUGGAGCUCGUAUGGUCCAUUUAUCAUAUCAUGAUGGAGAACAUUACAAUAGUGUGCGAUUGAAGGAAGACCCUUGCAAUGGCUCAGCUAGGCCAAUCAAAAUUAAGGUUGAUGCUGAUCUUUCAGCUGCAUCACAUCAAGCAAAAACUGCAGCCAACAAAUCUGAAGGGGGAACCGUUCCCACUGUUAUCAAUGCUGGAUCUAUCAAAGUGGUUAUGGCAGGAACUGGUUGUGAAAAUGCUGAAAGAGUUGAACAGGCUUUACUGGAAGUAGGUGGGGAUACUGAUGCUGCAAUAGAGUUUCUGAUUGCAGAACAAGGAGGGGACAACUACCCUGUUGAAAACAAUUUACUACCUUGUCAUGCGGAUAUUUCUCAUGGUGACAAUGAAAAUGGAAACAGUAAGCAACUUGAAGUAGAACCUGUAAAGAAGACCUGUGAACAGGAUCUGUCUAGUAAUAGUCUUAAACGAGCCCAUGAGGAUGUCAGAUCCCAACCUGAUGACAAGAAGAUCCCUAGGAACAAGGUCUGCCCCUGUGGAUCAAAGAAGAAAUACAAGGCUUGUUGUGGAUCAGCUACAGGAAGAUCUACUAAGUUUGUUGUUAACCAAACCACUGACUUUAGAAAGAGUCGAAAGGAAAGGAAGCAAGGCAAGAGCGGAGGACCUUCAAAAUCCACAUCAUCCAUUGGAUCUGAUGGAGGACCACCUGACAUGGGUGCACUUUGUAUAUGAUUAUUUAAUCGUCUUAUGUGCUUCUAAUAGAAUGUUUAGACCCACCUCUUUUUGUGAUAUACAACAGUCGGAGAUGAAUGAACCCACCUCUUUUUGUGAUGUACAACAGUUGGAGAUGAAUGAUUUUCGUGCAACCAUGGCGAAACUUGACAUGGGUUGUUUUGAGAUUUGUCACAUACACGUUCCCCAGUGGGAAAUUGAAAAUAUACACUCGAAAGAAGGUAGAUAGGAAGAAAAAAGGAAACUGUUAGAAAAUUUACGAUCAUAUCAUACCAGAUGUUUAUGUUACGGAGUGCAGCUGACUUAGGCCUUUUUAGACAGCCGACAUUUCUCACAAUGGGCAAAAUGUCGUUACUUGUGGCUGUCUUGCCAAGCAACUGACUGAAAUUAUUGAAUUCACUCAUUUCAAAAAAUUAGUUAAUGUCUUUCUAAAGGUA